CAUUCAGUGACGCUCUUAGCAGCGCUUGUUCACUUCCCAUAUGUCCUUCACGUUCUCCUUUCCUUCAUCAGCAUUUAUACGACCACCGCCAACCACGCCCUGAUUGUCCGGAAACUCAAUAAAUAUGCCGCCUAAGAGGAAAGCAGGUGCUGCCGUCCAGGGCGGGGCAAAAGUGGGAAGGUCUUCGCGCAUGUCAACACCUGGAGCUGCAACGCCACGAACGAUCGAUAGCAAUGAGGACAUGCCGGAUGAGGAGGAGGGGCCCGUCGACGAGGCCUUGGAACGUGAUUUGAACAAGAAUAUAGACAUAUUUUCCUUGGAUCGCUAUCAGAAGAGACAUGCGAUUCGGGAUCCCCUACCACACAUCUUUGGCGACCGUGAUUUCUCAUACCUGGUCUUGAAGAAAGAUCAUCAGAACCGACCUCUCUGGAUAGACCCUCAGAAAGGCCGCAUCAUUCUAGAGAGUUUUAAUCCACUCGCGGAGCAGGCUCAGGAUUUCCUCAUCACUAUUUCUGAACCCUUGUCUCGACCGACUUUCAUGCACGAAUACGCCCUUACAACACACAGCCUGUACGCUGCCGUCUCUGUUGGGUUGUCGCCAGAGGACAUCAUCAAUACACUAGAUCGAUUUCUUAAGACACCUCUGCCAGAUGAGAUUCGAAAUUUCAUUACAAGUUGUACUCAGAGUUACGGCAAGGUGAAGCUGGUUCUCAAGAAUACAAAGUACUACGUCGAAAGUCCUGAUCCAAACAUGCUCCAGACUCUCCUCAAGAACCCCAAAAUUGGUCCCCUACGCGUCCAAGGAACGGAAGAGAUCACAACAUCAGUGGCGCCUAAGAUUGGCGGCCUUGUCAUUCCCGGAACACAGAAUGCCGCCGGAGUAAAGCAGGCCAAUGGUCUCAGCCAAGCAGGCGAACAAGGCAAAGAUGGAGAACCCGUCCAGGAGGGCGAAGUCUAUGCCACGCUCAACGAAGAGGACGACGAGGACCAGGAAGUGACGCAUUCUUUUGAAAUUGCAGACAAGGAUGUCGAAACGGUACAGAAAGAAUGCCUGAAUCUAGGAUAUCCAGUUCUGGAGGAGUAUGACUUUCGGAGAGAUGAAGCCAACGCAAAUUUGGAUAUCGAUCUGAAGCCUGGUACUCAGAUUCGGCCUUAUCAGGAAAAAAGCUUGAGUAAGAUGUUUGGCAACGGCCGAGCCAAGAGUGGACUAAUCGUCCUGCCCUGUGGUGCUGGAAAGACGCUUGUGGGUAUCACAGCAGCCUGUACUAUCAAGAAGGGUGUCAUUGUCCUAUGCACGAGUUCAAUGUCCGUCGUACAAUGGAGGAAUGAAUUUUUGAAGUGGUCCAACAUCAAUCCCGAUGACAUUGUUGCCUUCACAUCCGAUUCCAAAAACAAUGUCUUCACUGGGAGCACUGGUAUCAUCGUCACAACCUAUGCAAUGGUCACACAAUCGCGGGCCCGAUCUUACGAUGCAGAGAAGAUGAUGAAGUUCUUGACAGGCCGAGAAUGGGGCCUGAUGCUGCUGGACGAGGUGCAUGUUGUGCCCGCCAACAUUUUCCGAAAAGUCACGUCUUCGAUCAAGACUCAUUCGAAGCUUGGUCUCACAGCAACACUCCUCAGAGAAGACGACAAGAUUUCUGAUUUGAAUUUUCUUAUUGGACCAAAGCUAUUUGAAGCCAAUUGGAUGGAGCUUUCAAAGCAAGGACACAUUGCUAGAGUUCAGUGUGCAGAAGUAUGGUGCCCAAUGCCUACAGAGUUCUACGACCAGUACCUCAAAGCACCAAGCCGGAAGAAGGGCUUGCUUUAUAUCAUGAACCCUCGGAAGUUUCAGGCUUGUCAAUAUCUCAUUAAUUACCACGAAUCAAGAGGAGACAAGAUUAUAGUAUUUUCGGAUAACGUGUAUGCGCUCAAAGCAUAUGCGCUGAAGCUUCAAAAAGCGUUCAUCUACGGCGGCACUGGUCAAGCAGAACGUCUGCAAGUGUUGGAGAACUUUCAGCACAACCCGAAUGUCAACACGCUCUUUUUAUCAAAGAUUGGAGACACGUCCCUCGAUUUGCCCGAGGCUACCUGCCUCAUCCAAAUUUCAUCGCACUACGGUUCACGUCGCCAGGAAGCGCAGCGUUUAGGACGAAUUCUUCGGGCCAAGAGACGUAAUGACGAGGGCUUCAAUGCCUUUUUCUACUCUCUGGUGUCAAAAGACACGCAAGAAAUGUAUUUUUCUUCCAAACGUCAGGCUUUCCUUGUCGAUCAGGGAUAUGCUUUCAAGGUCAUUACACAAUUAGCAAACAUCGAGAAGACACCCGGACUAGCAUUCGCAGAUGUGUCGGAGCGGCGUGAACUGUUGCAGAAGGUUCUUGUGGAGAAUGAGAGCAUGGAGGAGGAUGACCCAAACGACGACAUGUUCCAUCAGGGUACUAUGGGGCGCAAGAAAAAGAAGGGAGCUCGACGAACAGCGGGAACUCUCGGCGAGCUCAGUGGUGGCCAGGACAUGGCGUAUAUCGAGCAGAAUAAGAAGUUAUCGGCAAAGCGGAAGAAGGGGGACAGCAAUGCCUUCUUCAAGAAGAUUGGACGCGAGAAUGCCAGGCGAGCAGCAGCACAGUAAUCUAAAGAGAGUUGGAAUCGGCACAAUGGAGGUGGAGGUACAUUGGGUGAGCCAAAGAAUGAUAAGCCAGGGGAUCGGAAUCACGGGUAAAUACAAGAUGUCGUAUGUAUAAGAAUACGCAGCCGCGGAACGCAUAAUAAUGCUUUUGGGGCGCAAGGACGGGGAAGAUUCGGCGUUCAGGAAAAAACACAACACGGCCAUAGCCGAUCACAUUGCACACACUAGGUAUUCAAUUAGAUUUCUGACAGUAGGCAAGGGAUGACUCAUUGGAGUGAAUUGACUGACUACACGUAGAUUCAGACGAUGGCAGUGCAUGAGGUGAAAGAUCCAGG